AUGAAAUGGUCUACUAUACUCUCUGGUACAGCUACAGCUUUCGCAUGCGGUAGUGCAGCAGUUACACCCAUCACCAAUCGAACCAACACCGGGGUGGAAUAUGUGUCUGGCAACUAUGUCCCCUUUCAGCCAGGGUUCCUAGGUACUCCUUCUGGACCCCUCCGUGAAGCAAAUCAGUCGGCUAACGCACAUCUACCUUUUGUAGGUGGACAAUGGGAGCUUUUCUACAGCUCGAACAAUGUGACUCUUCGCGGUACCGGCUACUUACGCCUUCGAUGGGAGAUUGAGUACUGGAAGCACUCCGGCUCGGCAGCCGACAUCAUCAUGAAGCCCAAUGGAACUUGGCUCCCUGUUGCCGGCGGCGGCGGAUACCAGAUGGGCGAUAACUCUCCUGCCCCUUACUGCAACGACCCCAGUGGUAACUGCUUCAAUGGCACGGGUGGCGAUACCGAUGGAUAUGUGUGGUUCACGAAUGGCCACAACCCCUGGCACAAUGAGUACUAUUGGCUGGAUGGUGAGGUAUAUCUCCAGACGCAAGAGGGUCCUGGGGACUAUAAUGUCGGUGUUAGUCCAAUCACGAUCGACGAUAUCUUGAGCGACAUCAACACGAACGUCAGCGCUGCUUAUCACUACGGUGUCUCAUUUGAUCCCAAGGAGGGGGCUUGUCCGUGCUCAAUUAGCCCCGUCUCAUCAACACCAGUUGCAUCUACAUCUGCAACUCCCUAUGUCGCUUAG